AUGUUUUACAAGCAUUCUUUUUUCUUUCUUUCUUCUUUCUUUCUUUCUUUCUUUCUUUCUUUCUUUCUAAAUACGUUGUUUUCGUCUUACGUCGUCCUUUUUUAUAUUACAAGCAUUCUUUUUUCUUUCUUUCUUUCUUUCUUUCUUUCUUUCUUUCUUUCUUUCUUUCUUUCUUUCUUUCUAAAUACGCUGUUUCGUCUUACGUCGUCCUUUUUUAUAUUACAAGCAUCCUUUUUUCUUUCUUUCUUUCUUUCUUUCUUUCUUUCUUUCUUACUUUCUAAAUACACUGUUUCGUCUUACGUCGUCCUUUUUUUAUAUUACAAGCAUCCUUUUCUUUCUUUCUUUCUUUCUUUCUUUCUUUCUUUCUUUCUAAAUACGCUGUUUUCGUUUUACGUCGUCCUUUUUUAUAUUACAAGCAUUCUUUCUUUCUUUCUUUCUUUAUUUCUUUCUUUAUUUAUUUCUUUCUUCUUUCUUUCUUUCUUUCUUUAUUUCUUUCUUUAUUUAUUUCUUUCUUCUUUCUUUCUUUCUUUUUCUUUAUUUAUUUCUUUCUUCUUUCUUUCUUUCUUUCUUUCUAAAUACGUUGUUUUAGUCUUACGUCGUCCUUUUUUAUAUUACAAGCAUUCUUUUUUCUUUCUUUCUUUUUUCUUUCUUUCUUUCUUUCUUUCUUUCUUUCUAAAUACCAUUCUUUUUUCUUUCUUUCUUUCUUUCUUUAUUUAUUUAUUUCUUUCUUUCUUCUUUCUUUCUUUCUUUCUAAAUACAAAACAAUUUACUCCCACAUCUUUUUGUUGUUGUUAUUGUACCUAUUUCCUUCUCACUUCAAUUCAUCGUUUACUUGAUUUCUUCUAUAAUCAUUAUUUUCAUUCUUUUUUCCUCUUUUUCGCUGAAUUUUUUUCAUUUUUCUUCUACGUUUCUCACUAUUUCUUCCACUUCCUCAUCGCAGUCACUUCUUUCUUUCUUUCUUUCUUUCUUUCUUUGCAUCUCUCGCUUUUCUUUCCUUCUUUUCUUCUAGACUUCAUCCACUAUUUAAUUCCAUACUUUCCUUUUACUUUUUCAUAUUUCCUCAACCGCAUCUCUUCUUCUUUCGUUUCCUCUAAUUUCCAGUCUAUAAUAUCUUCUUUUGUUUUAUCUAUCUAUCUAUCUAUCUAUCUAUCUAUCUAUCUAUCUAUCUAUCUGUGUAUUGCUAUCUAUCUAUCUAUCUAUCUAUCUAUCUAUCUAUCUAUCUAUCUAUCUAUCUAUCUAUCUAUCUAUCUAUCUAUCUAUCUAUCUAUCUAUCUAUCUAUGUUCAUAUUUAUUAUUUCAUUUCCACAAAAGGUCUGA